AUGCAGAAGGAACCGGCUCCAUCUGACAGGUUCGGAUUCGUCUACCGCUGUGAAAAAGUACAGCAGAAAAAAAAGAUGAGGAGGCGGACUGGCGGCACCGUCUUCAGGGCCAUGUGCACUGGUUCCCUGUCUUGCACCCACAACACCUUUUUCGAAAGGACACAGCUGACAGCCCAAGAGGUGCUGAUGCUGGUCUAUUCGUGGGUCAAGCAGGAGCCGGUCACCGUCGCCGCGGAGGAAUGCGGCGUGGCCCCCAAAACAGCGGUAGAUUGGUACAAUUACUGCCGUGAAGUUGCGGAGGUUUUCGUCUCCCACCAGCAAAACAUCCAGCUCGGGGGUGAAGGCAUGACCGUCGAGAUCGACGAGACCUUCACCCGGAGGCGAAAAUACAACCGCGGCCGCGUAACUAAAGGCACCCAAAUCACCAUCUUCGGUGCCUAUUGUCGGGAAACAAAAGAGGUGAUGUACUGGCAUGUGGACAACAAGAGCCGACGGGUUCUCUGGAGCCACAUGCUCAGAUACAUCGCCCGCGGUUCCAUCAUUGUUUCCGACAGCGCGGCCCAAUAUCGCGGUUGUACGACGAUGGGCUUCUCUGAACAUAAGACCGUUAAUCACAGCCAGCGGGGCCCCGGGAGAUUCGUCGACGCCGAUGAUCCCGAGGCCCACACUCAGAACAUCGAGUGCAGAAAUCGCUGGCUGAAGAAGUCCAUCAAGUCGCUCCGCACGGACAGGAGCCUGCAGAGCUACAACUGUACGUACGUGUACAGGACGCGGGUCCUGUCCCAGUUGCCAACAACAUCGGCAAAAUUCCGGCAGUUCAUCGGGGACAUCGUGGCCGUCUACCCGGGCCCCGGUCGUCAGGGUCUCCAACUCCGGACGAUCGGUGUGCCCGUGGAUCAACAUCUGCCGCCGGACGAGCCCUAUUUCGAUGUUCCCGUGCACGAGGGCGACGAAGAGGAACGGCAGGGGGAUGACGACCGCCCAACAACAUCGGGCGCCAACACCUUCGUCAUCGACCCCCAGGACCUAGCCGAGGCGGGGACCAGCGGCCUCACCCCGUCCUCACCCACGCAACAUCGGGAAUAG